AUGAGUAGCAAUGAAAAAAGAAUGAAGCAUAGAGUAGAUAUUGUGAAUGCAUGUAUUGCUACAGGCUUGCCUCUUACUGUAAGAAGCACGGCUAUUCAGAUAUUCGACAGAGUAAUCGACAAGAUUGUACCGAAGGAUGAGGAAAUGAUCAACAUUUUAUAUGCAAUCAUUAUACUUGCUGCAAAAUGCGAAGAAAUCCAUGGAGAUCUGAAUGCCUUGAUUAGAAAACUGCCCAAUUCAAAUAAAGAAAGGAUAUUUGGCUAUGAAGAUGAGAUGCUUCAGGCAUUAGGCUACACUUUCUACUUUCCAAGUUUAUAUCUUAGGAUAUAUGGCAUUCUCACUAUUCUUCAAGAAAAAGACAUUAUAGAAGUGGCCAAUGCACGUAUAGAUUUGGAUGCCGACAUUAAUAGAGAGUCUAAUGAAGCCUACACGUUUCAUAAUAACAAGUGGCUUGUGCCAUGCAUCAACAGUCUUUGGAUAUCAUCGGUACAGAUGAUGGAUCGAAUUCUACUCCAUGAGAAAACAGGGUAUAAGGAGAUUGAGAUGGUAUAUGCCAGCUUACCGUUUCCAUGCGAGACUUUUGAGUUACUUUCGUUCCCAUUCGAUGCCAAAAAUGUUACAGAGCUUAGAAAUGCAUGCAUAAAAAUCCCCUUUUCACUAUACAAUCCUGAAAAUAUCUCCAUGUAA